AAAAUAUAAUUAUUUACGCUGUAUGUAUAAAUAAAAAACGCCAGGGUUCUUGCAAAAGUAUUAAACCGGAGCUUUCUCUGAAUCCCUACAUACAUAGCAGAUUCUCCGUUCUCGACUCCACUCACUCAAUCAUUGCUAGCUUCUAUACAAGAUGGGGAAAUCAGAAGCAGAUGAUAAGAUUCUCAGCUACAAUGAUGUGGUGCUUAGACGAUCUGAUCUAGGCAUCCUCAGUGGUCCAUAUUUUUUGAACGAUCGAAUUAUCGAGUUUCAUCUCAGUUAUCUUUCUUCAUCCCAUCCCUCUCAGGAUAUCUUGCUGGUUCCACCAUCUAUCGCAUUUUGGAUAAUACAAUGUCCUGUUGUUGAGGCUCUCAAAGAUUUCUUAGAUCCCCUUCAUUUGUCUGAUAAGAAACUGGUUUUAUUUCCUAUCAAUAAUAACGAUGACGUUAACAUAUCUGAAGGUGGAUCUCAUUGGAGCUUACUUGCAUACUACCGCAAUGCGAAUGUAUUUGUUCAUCAUGAUAGCUGCAGAAGCAUGAAUGCAACACCUGCUAAGAAACUCUAUAAAGCUGUUGUUGGAUACAUGGGAUUAUCUGAAUCGGGUUCCAAGGCCGGCUAUUUGGAAUGGACUGAUUCACCUAGGCAAGCAAAUGGUUAUGAUUGUGGCUUGUAUGUCACAGCCAUAGCAAGAGUGAUAUGCGAGUGGUAUGUAAAUAGUAGUAAAAAAACUGAUGCAAAUGAUCUGUGGUUCUCCGUGGUGAAGGAACAGGUUACUCCAUCAGCUGUUGCGUGCAUGCGAAGUGAGAUUCUUGCCUUGAUCAGAGAUCUAAUGGCUAGAAAUUCCGGCCAGCAUGCUCAACAAUAAAAUCUGGUUUCCACUAAUUUGAUUUUGAAGGCCUCCGAUUUAGUGUCUAGGGUUUUUUUAACCUUUGUCUACCCAGUUGCUGCUUAAGCAAAUUUUAUCUUAGUAUAUUGUUGGCUGGUAGGAAGUAAAUACCAAGAUCAGAUUAUAUUUUGGCAUAUUUUUCUGGAACUGUGUAUGAAAUUAGAUUUUCAUUACACCUAAACGUAGUGACAUGAUCUCUCUAUUACAAUGUGAUUGAAGGUUCACAUGCGUAUUCAUGUUUUCUCGGUCAUAAUGUGAACAGUACAACUGCAUUUUUAUCUAAUGUCUCGGCGUGCUAGUUUGCUUUUGGUA